AAACCUAGGUUGGUCUCUGCUGGCAGUCAGUCGGUGGCGCAGCUCGGUGCGCGACGUUUGUGCGCGAAUGUUUCCGCUCGGUCUUCUAUUCCAAGUGAUAUGCCAGCACAGGCGGAAAAGAGAGGGCGCUGUAGGAGAGAGAUAUCCGAGUGUAACGAAGACAGCAAUAUGGCAGUGUCGCAACCUCGCCCACCUGACCGUGUUGACGCCGCGCUCGAAAAAGUUGCGCCGUUGCGCUAUUUGGAGGCGCACGAAUGUACUUGUACAGAGCAUGUCGCGACGCUUUUAUCGCCAAUUCUUGCACUACGCUAGUUUUUUUGAGUUACUCUGGAGUUAUUAAGCCAUAUAGAAAAAUCAUCGCGUUGAAGAAACUAUUUUAUUGGUGAGGUGUGAUGGACCCGCAGUGAGCGGCCAUGAUGAAGCGAACGGGCGUCCGGCUGCCGGCAGACGAGCCAGCGCAGCUGCCGCCCGCGCCGCACAGCGCCGCGCAGAUCCAGCAGGGGGGUGUUAGCAGCAUGCAUACUCUGGCCCAAUCCGCCCAGCCGCAAAUUAUUGGUGUAUCGUCUGGCGGCGUGGGUAGUGUGGGUAGUGUGGGUAGUGUGGGCAGUGUGGGCAGUGUGGGCAGCGUGGGCAGCGUGGGCGGCGCGUUCGCGCGCACGCCGCGGCCCGCCGCGCCCGUCAUCAACUACCACCUGAAGGGCGGCGUGCAGUACGCCGCUCACAAGCCGCUGCCCGCCCAGCCGCCCGCCCAGCCGCCGCGCCUUAAGUUGGCACACGCCCCGCCGCCUUUGGGGCGGCAGUCCCCAGGCGCUGUGGGCGGAGUGGGGGGCGUGACGGGCGUGGUGGGCAGCGUAGCGAGCAUAGUGCCAGGCGUGGGCAACGUGGGCACAGUAGGGAGCGUGGCGGGCGUGGCAGGCGUGGCGGGCGGCAUGGCAGCGAAUGUGGGUGCGCCGCCCGGCCCCGGCGGCCCGCCCGCCGCUCAGUUCCAGCGGCUCAAAGUGGAGGACGCGCUCUCCUACCUGGACCAGGUCAAAUACAAGUUCAACACGCAACCGCAAGUCUACAAUGACUUCCUCGACAUUAUGAAGGAGUUCAAGAGUCAGUCUAUCGACACCCCGGGCGUCAUCAAGAGAGUAUCAAACCUAUUCAAAGGUCACCCUGAACUAAUAGUUGGAUUCAACACUUUCCUUCCGCCUGGCUACAAGAUAGAAGUUCAAAGCAACGGUCAGGUAAGAAAUACUUUAAGUAUGCCAUUAUCAGGUUUCUACUAAAAAAACGCAGUGCGUUUUUAGAAGACGCACCUGUCGUAACAAAAUAUAUAAUAAUUUUUAUGGUAAAUUUGAGCUAACUGUGUUGUGGCAUUGUAAGAAAAUCCACUACCCCCAUAUCCUGCCGUGGGUGUGUCACAAAAGCCGAUAGAGAGAAACUAAAACAGGAGAUGGGUAUUUGAGGAAUAAACCGUAUUGUAGCAAGUUCCUUUAGGUACAGCAACAAUAUUAGAUAUGUUGGAUAGUGUACUUCUUCCUUGUUCAAUCUAUCCGAAUAAUUCGUCUCUCUGAUUGUGUCAACGACGGAAACCUAAAUAACUUUAAAUCAGUGCUUUGAGGCUUCAACACGUUGAUGCUUUUGGUCAACGGUGAGUAAACGCGGUAACCACUUGGAUGGAACAAAGCUUUCUCAUAGACAAAUGCUUAUGCAAAAUGGUGAAUGCACUACCUUUCGAUAUCUUUAGCUCGUCUGCUAUUUCUUGCAAUUUCAUUUUAUGGUCUUCCAAAACUAUUCUUUAUGUUUUCUGAAAUAAUAGUCUCAUUUGGAGCGUCCAGAGUGUUCAGCAUCAUUCGUGUCUGUUCGUCCGCGCUUAAAUUCAGCAAACCAACGUCUGAAUUGUUGUUUUUGAUGGAGCAGAGCACCAUAACACUUGUCAAGGCAACUUUUUGCUUCAACGGUAUUUUUCUUCAUUAAAAAACAAUGUUCAAUUCUUUUUCGUUCAUUGUUUCAAUGAUUUUCAAAAUGGCGCCAAAAAAUCACCGUAACUUUUAAAUAAAUAAUUUAAGGUUAUGAAAAUUUUGCUCAGAUUAUAUAGAAGUCGUUCUUUUUAAAAAUAAAAAUAAUUUUUCCCUCAUAGCGCCAUCUAUACGUCAGGCUCGGGACUUAUUGACCGACGUAAUAAAUUGAAUCCUGCUUGGAAACUAUAUCUUUUCUAGCGAGAUUUCGUUAAAUGAAUUUUGAACUUAUUAUCGUUACAAAAUUCGUUAUUUGUUUACUAUUUUUUUAAAUGAAUUACUUGUAUGAGGCGUGGUAACAUGUGGUAACUGCUAAUAAUUUGCAUCUUAAGUUCAAAUCAAUCUUACUCAAACUAAAGAGCGUGAUAAAUAAAACAUGCUGUGUUACUGAGUUAUUUUUUUUUUAUGAUAGCUUGACAAACGAGCACACAGUCCAUCUGAUGGUAAGUAGUUGCUGUGGCCCAUAGACAUCUACAUUUAUCUUCGUUUGCGAAUCAAAAUUCAGAUGCGUUGUCACCCGUGAGGACUAAGAUUGGAAUGCCUCUUUUCCAGUAAAAAGGGUCUCCAGUUCUCUACACUCACCAUACGAAACAGCAGUGUUAAGCUGCUGUUUGACGCUGGUAUUCUGUGAGAGCGUGGUCCUUCCCCGGUCGAACCGACCCAUUCGUGCUACAACUAUACUACUAAUACAGCUGCAGCAUGGGCCCUACCACGUUUUAUUUUUUAUUUGGGAUUUAAAGAUUUAUAAGAGUGAUUUAAAUCUUCUUAACCAAAAGAUUUGUAAAUCUCUUUUCCUUUGAGAGAUUUAUAUUGCGCAUGUCUAGCGGCCAUGCAAUAAACACACGCACCUCUCCCAACAACUGUAAAGCGAUUGAUUCGGCUAUCGGCUAGCGUGCUCCCCCCGCGCAGCGGCUAUCACUCGUUUUAAAAGUUACAAGUCGAACAAAAUGGCGUACAUUAAAUUUUAAUACACUUACUUUAAGGUUUGUUUUUAUAUAGCAACGCUAGCCAGAAUUUUAUUCUUCGUUGUGGACGCAGUGCAAAAUACCUAUUUUUAUUUUAUUACACGUUUUAGGUAAAAAAUAUCAAUUGUAAUAAGGUCCGAAAGGUAAAUUUUUGAUAAUGAUAUUCCGCGACAACGCCAUCUAGAAGAUAUUAUGAGAUAUUGCUCUUUAUAUCGUGAGACUCUUGCUCAAGACAGUAAUAUUUUGUAUGAAGAACUGCGUCACUAAGAAAGACAACACUGUUACCGUAAUUUGCUUUAAAUAAUUAAAAUUGCCGUGUAGUGGCGGUCAAGAAUAUCCACUACCCCAUAUCCUCCCGUGGGUGUCGUAAAAGGCGACAAAGGGAAACAGGCAGGAGAUGGGCAGCAGCAUCUUCUUGAUAACAACAAACU